AACUCUAUAUAAGUUUACCCAGGGCCCAGAGCUGUCCUGUGACUUUUCUAGCUCAACAUGGCUAGGACACUGGGAGCACCAGUUGCACUGGGGCUAUUGGGCCUGUGCUGGUCUCUGGCUAUUGCCAACCCUCUUCCUUCGACUAGUGCCCAUGGGAAUGUUGCUGAAAGUGAGAGUGGGAGCAAAUCAGACUCCAAAGUGAUUGAACACUGCUCAGAUAACUGGAGCUUUGAUGCUACCACCCUGGAUGACAAUGGGACCAUGCUGUUUUUUAAAGGGGAAUUUGUGUGGAAGGGUCCCUCAUGGACUCGGGAGUUAAUCUCAGAGAGAUGGAAGAAUUCCACCAGCUCCGUGGAUGCUGCAUUCCGUCGUGGUUCCGACAGUGUCUUCCUGAUCAAGGGGGACAAAGUCUGGGUGUACCCACCUGAAAAGAAGGAGAAUGGAUACCCAAAGUUGCUCCAAGAUGAAUUUCCUGGGAUUCCAUCCCCUCUGGAUGCAGCUGUAGAAUGUCACCAUAGAGAAUGUCAAGAGGAAGGCAUCAUCUUCUUCCAAGGUAACCGCAAGUGGUUCUGGGACUUGGCUACAAGAACCAAAAAGGAGCGUUUCUGGCCAGCUGUUGGGAACUGCACUGCCGCCCUGAGGUGGCUUGAACGCUACUACUGCUUCCAGGGGAACCAGUUCCUGCGCUUUAACCCUGUCACGGGAGAAGUGCCUCCCAAAUAUCCUCUGGAUGCCCGAGACUACUUUAUGUCCUGCCCUGGCAGAGGUCAUGGUAGACAUAGAAAUGGAACUGGCCACGGGAAUGGCACCCACCAUGGCCUUGAGCAUACACGCUGUAGCCCAGAUCUUGUCUUGUCUGCAUUGAUGUCUGACAACCAUGGUGCCACCUACGCCUUCAGUGGGUCCCACUACUGGCGUCUGGAUACCAGCCAGGAUGGGUGGCAUAGCUGGCCCAUUGCCCAUCAGUGGCCCAAUGGUCCUUCAACAGUGGACGCUGCAUUUUCCUGGGAAGAUAAACUCUAUCUGAUCCAGGGAACCCAGGUGUAUGUCUUCCUGGUCAAGAGAGGCUAUACCUUAGUAAGUGGUUAUCCAAAGCGGCUGGAGAAAGAACUUGGGAGCCCUCAUGGAAUCAACCUUGAGACUGUGGAUGCAGCCUUUACCUGCCCUGGUUCUUCUAGGCUCUACAUCAUGGCAGGACGGCGAUUAUGGUGGCUGGAUCUGAAGUCAGGAGUUCAAGCCACGUGGACAGAGCUUCCCUGGGCCCAUGAGAAGGUUGAUGGGGCCCUGUGUAUAGAAAAGUCUCUUGGCCCCAGAUCAUGCUCUGCAAAUGGUCCCAGCUUAUAUCUCAUCCAUGGCCCCAAUGUGUACUGCUACAGUGAUGUGGAGAAACUAAAUGCAGCCAAAACCCUUCCCCAGCCCCAAAGAGUAACCAGCCUCCUGGGCUGUAGUCACUGAGGAGCCCCUGAUGAGAGUCUGGCCCAGCUCCAUACUCUUCUCCACUUUCCUCCUAAUAAAGCCUCAUCGCUGCUUC